UUAAAAAGCCAGGAAUGUCCCCUAAGUAGUUUUUUCUCUUUCUUUCAGCUUGCAGAUACAAACACACUCGGGAGCCUGAAGGACCUGCUUGAGUCUGCCCAAGUUGCCGACAAAAGGGUCUGGGAGUUGCUUGGCUGGGUUUUGUCCUCCAAGGCCUUGUGCAUCCACAGUGCCAGCAAAACAGAGUAUAAGAAGAUCGAAGAGCUGACAGGAGCACCCAGUGUGCCAGUUACUGCGCCAGACUUCCUGUUUGAAAUCACCUAUUCCAGUCAGAUGAAUGCCAAAUUUGAGGAGACCAAGGCGGGGAGAGACCUCAUCUAUGCCUUCCACGGGAGCCGCCUUGAGAACUUCCACUCCAUCGUACACAAUGGGUUACAGUGCCAUUUGAACCGGACCUCCUUGUUCGGAGAAGGUACCUACCUGACCAGUGACCUGAGCCUGGCUCUUCUCUACAGCCCCCAUGGACUUGGCUGGCAGCAAAGCAUCAUGGGCCCAGUCCUGAGCUGUGUCGCAGUUUGUGAGAUCAUUGAUCACCCAGAUGUCAAGUGCCAAGUCCAAAAGAAAGAUUCUAAAGAAAUAGACAAGAAGAGAGCCAGAGUGAGGAACAGUGAAGGCGGUGAUGUCCCUCAGAAAUACUUUGUUGUGACAAAUAAUCAGCUGAUCCGAGUGAAAUACUUGCUAGUAUAUUCACAGAAGCAAUAUCGGAGGCCUUCUAGUCAGUCAUGGGUCUCCACGCAUCGCUUUGCUGUGUUGAUGAGCUUGUAUCUGCUGUUUCUGAUCAUCAUAGGAGCGAGCAACUCUCCAGCUUUCCUUUACUACUGGAACAGGCUCUUUGACUUCAGGCAUUGAACUUGGGGCGCUCAACUUCACCAAAUGCCUUAACAAUGUCAGAGACAAAAAUUUGUUGAACUCCCCAUCGCUCUAAAUUUCUGCACAGAUAGAGAGCUGCAGGGGGGGAUGGACUUGUUUCUGCUGCCUUAGGUUCCUGGUAUGCCUUUUAAUAUCUUGGUUUUUGUCUUGCUUCCAUACCCAAGAGGCAGGGAGAGGCAAGCUCUUUCUUGCUGUGCUAAUGACAAAACCAGGAGGAGUACAGGGAUUUCAGGAAGGCCAAUGCAACAGAACAACGACUGGCACCACAUAGGAUAAGGAUGUCCAGAUCUGGAGUAUGUCAUCCUCAAGCAUGUAGCAGUAUUUUAAUUUAUUCCACAAACAGGGAGUCUGCUCUUUGACCAAUACCUCUCAGAGGUUCCAUGUUCUUUCCAGCUUGGGUGUUUGAAACACUGAAAUGUGGCUUUAAUAUGUGUGUUGUGUGAUGCGUGCGGAUGCAUGAGAAGGAGCAGAAGACUUUGGGGAAAGCUCUUUUUCUGUCUGUCAAAUACCCAAGCCAGAAGUGAUUGUGUGACUCGAGAGCAAAACACACUACCCUUCGCCCUAGCAUACAUUUGAUCUUGGUUUUUCCUCUCUCUUCCUGGUUUGACUAGAUUGUGUCUCUCCUUUCUGUCUGUUGGACUUGUCAAGCUGAACCUUCUUCCUUGAAGAGAACAUAGUUAGCUUCAAACAAAGGGCAGGCCACCCAAUUGGAGAUCAGAAAUGGGGAAAUUAAGGCCUCCAGAGCAUCCCUUGCAGUUGGGGCAUAACCAGUUGCAUCUUUUACUUUGCCUGCGAGUGAAAUUAUCUACAGUCUGGGCACCUCUAGUGUAGAUCAACCAACCCUUUAGUAGUGCAAGAGAUGCUCAGAAUUCUUCUCAUGCAUAGCUUAGGGAUUGGAGAAGGAAAGGCACUUCAUCUAAUUGGAAACCAAUGUGGAAAAAUAAACAUACAUGCUAAAUUCCAUUUUUAGCCCCAAUUAAAAGUAGAUCCAUUGAAUUAAUGUCCCAAGCACUGACAUACAAGUUGCUAUUGAUUCAGUGAGUUGAUGUCAUUUUGGACUAACUAUUCGAAUCCCGGCCAUAGACUUAAGAAGCCGCUUUGAGUUUCCUUAAGAGCACCUGGAAUCUGGCACCAGCAAUGGCUUGCAUUUUGUCUUUUCUGGUUCAUGGGAGGCAAACAAAAGAGUCCCUUUGAAAAGGCCAUCCUGAAAGUUGUAGCUUGAAGCCUCAAUUCUGCCAUGGAUCUUCCUUUGGGCAAUUUGCCAUCAGUCACGGUUCUUCAUUUAUGAAGUGGGAGUGAUGCCUUGCAAGUUGAUUGUGAAGGCCACCACAAAAGAGAUGCUCAAGCACUUUGGACAUUAAAACUGCUAUAUCCAUGGGAAAUAAUGGUGUCUGUUUUUUAUUGUAAGAGGCCAAAAGAGCUAAGGAACUAACCUUAAAUCUUGAGAAUUUAGUACCUCCAACCAUUCUUUCUCAUCCCCCCCCCAUUACCCCACACUUCCCCUAGAUCCAUGCUGAACAGCAAAUGUGGCAAGGGAUCAUCUAUUUGACAUUUGAGUCCAAAGUGCAAUCUGUGUAGCAGAGAGCCAGCAUGGUCUAGCAAUUUGUUCUAGGGCUCAGGGAAAGCCACUGGCUGAUCUUGGGAAAGUCACACUCUUUCAACCUCAGAGAAAAACACAGGCAAUCCCUUCUCUGAAGUCAGAAAUGACUUGAAGGCACACAACCACAACAGUCUCGUAUGUCUCUGCUCCGAAAACACUUAAAUGAACAAACAGAAGCAACCAGAGUUUGAAGAAGUUACCGCUUCUGACUGUUGCAUUGAAGAUGAGGUGACCAAAUGCCAUAGCCGCAAAGGAGGACAAGACACCACAAAACAUCGGGCACUGAAGAAAAAAAGAAGCUAAAACGCUAAUAUAAACAUAUUCAUUUCAUAUGGUUUAUUUACAGCUAUAUUACACAUAACUGUAUUUUAUUAUGUACUCGGCCAUAUUUUUCGGAUGAACUUACCUUCGUUGAAAUGUCUUGUUGGCUUGCAAUAUACUUGGAGAACUCUGAGCAAAACAAAUGCUUAAAAUUGUACAGAGUGAUUUAAAAAGUGCAAAAGUAAAGCACGUCUUAUUCAGUUUUAAA